UUAGAUUCAGAGCUCAUAACUGGCGUUCAGGUGAAGUUGGAUCCCACAGCGGCAGCAACUGAUCCUCCUCCGCACCAGACCCACAAUGUUUACCUGAGGAAUAACAACUGGUCUAUGCUCUGUGGCUGUGGAGGAACAUACUGUGAUAUUUGCUCCUUGGCCUGCCACAGGCGCCAGACAUGUAUCAAGAUUCUGGUGUUGGGGAAGAUGCAGAAUACCACAUUAUGUAUGAUCAUUAUGAUCACAUCAAAUUGCAACAGGACCCAGCAACAACCCUCAAGUUGACCUCUGUGGUACAUGAUGAUUCUACUGCUGUAUCUGAUACAGACACUUUGACCACUGUUACUCUGUCGGGGGGUGAGGCUCUGGCUUCAUCAGCUCUGGUUAACAAUGCUCUCUCUGCAGCCACAGUUCUCACAACUACGUCUCAUACUGGGACACUACCUCUUCCAGCACCACCUCUUUCAGUUGCUGGUACAUUGACUGUUACAUCUCAUGCUAAUGGAAAUGCAGGUAAUGAGUCUGUUCUCAAUACAACAAAUACUAUUCAGUCUGCAAGCAUUAACACAGAUAACACCUUUGGGGAUGCUGCCAUCUCUGCUAGCGAUACACUCACUGUAGCUACAAUGUCUGCUGUAGGAUCGUCAACACCCAGUAGAGCAUCUCACAUGGAUAUGAAUCAAAUUGUCAGUACAUCUGAUGAGGCAGUUAUUGAUGGCAACCUUGUGACUUCAUCCUCAAUAGAUGCUGUUGUAACAUCAAUGGUAGCUCCUGACUGCCAAAGUGUAAAUGGAAGUGGCCGCAAAUUACCCCCACAGGUCAUAGUAAAGCUCUUAGGUGAUGACACUCUCAGUCUAGAUAUGGUUCGCAUUAUUGCAGAACAGGAUGUAGAGAGCAUACCACAACAUCUACAUGGCUUUAGUAUGCUUACAAGAGCUGGUAGUCUUGUGCAUACAAAACUUUCAGAGAAUAAUAUCAUCAGUAGUGUGGGCUCUAAUCAGUACCAUGAGAGUGAAGUGCUUAGACCAACCAUUAGAUCUGAAAGUAAGAAUGAUACCCCAUGUAGUGUGGUAUGGACUUGUGCCUACUGCAACCUAGCAUUCACUAGCUCAGAAGCUGUUGGGUAUCACCAAGAGAAGGAUUGCACGGAAAAUCCAAACAGCUUAACAUUUACAACGACAACAUCCCAGUCUACUGUUGAUGCUUUAAUGUCACCUCUGAGACAACCUGAAGAACCCACAUAUGAACUUAAGAUUGAAAGGGGAGAUCCUCAGAGAAAUUAUGAUGCACAUUAUAUUGUUGAGGGACAAAACAUUCAAGAACAAGAUGUGGAGGAUGGUGCAGAGUGUGAGACAACGUGGAACUGUGCCGUGUGUGGAAGAGACUUCACCCAACCCAAAGAUUUAAGUCAGCAUCAUAUGACUCACACAGUACAAGAGCUCUCAUCAGCCUUAUUCAAGUUCACCACACCUCAUCAGAAAGUCAAAAGUCAGGAUACUGCCUCACUGAAGUCAUUAACUACAACUACUAUUCAGACCUUACAGAACAACAAUUCAGAAGGCAGAUGGAACAAAGACAGAACAGAUACAGCAAUGACAAAAAUAGAAGAAGAAAUGGUUGAUGACCCAGGAGAUACACCCCCUCAAACCCCUCCAGAAGAGAAUACAAUUAAAAAGACCAAGAGAAAACCUGGUCCUAAAGCAAAACCACGUGAGAAGACUGAAAAACGAAAAUAUGCGAGAAAGUUAGGGGAAGAUGGCAAACCACUUCGGCAGCGAGAAUAUAAAGUGGCUCCUUCAGGUCAAGGAAGUCGGGACCCCCACACAUGUUACAUCUGCAACAAAGUAUUAAGUUGUAGAGGAAAUUUAGCCAAGCACCUAGUGUUGCAUAACUUGGACAAACCCUGGGUGUGUGAAAUGUGUGGGAUGGGAUUCAAUGCAAAGCGGGAUCAGCAACAUCACUUUUUGCAACACCACACAAAUGAGAGGCCUAAUAUAUGCAAAGUGUGUGGAAAAGGUUAUGUGGAUAGUAAUUACUUGCUAGAGCAUAUGAUAUUUCAUAAACAAGAAAGGCCAUUUUCUUGUGAAGUUUGUGGUAAAUUGUUUAGAACUACUCGGUGUGUUACAAGGCAUAAAAAACGACAUGAAAAAGUAAAGCAUUUUACUUGUGCUCUUUGUUUUAAAUCAUUUGCUGUAAAGGCUGAUCUCACAUCUCACAUUCGCAAAGUUCAUCGCAAUGAUAAAAAAUCUCAAUCUAUUAAACAACAGCACCAGCUGCAACAGGUUUCACAGCACCAACAGCAAGACCGGGAUAGCCAGGUAAAAUCAAAGGACUUGACAGAAUUUUUGUUGCCAGGAGGGACACCUGCUCAUCUCAUUCCAGAACAAUUGCUGCCAUCUGACCUGGAAUCUGCAAGUCUCAGUGGCACUGUUUCAACAAAAGAUGGGAUCUUCAUCAGUAGUAACCCUUUAACAGUACCAUCAAUCAUUCCAAUCAGUGGUUCAGAAGAAAAUGAAGUAAAUUGUUCAUAUGGCAUGGCUUUAGCAACACCUGCUGGAGGUCCAGGAGUGACAUCUUCUAUUGGGGAUCAUGCAACAUAUAUUAUGAUCAACAGUAGAGAUGAAGAAGUUACCCCACACACAGUGCCGUCAACGAAUGGUCUCAACAUCAUGUACACCACCACGCCAGCUUCUACACAGCAGGUGGCUGACCUAGAUGGAAGUCAACUUGAUGAAAUACACCUGUCAUCAUCAGUGAGAACAUCUUUAGUGAAUAAUGAUGGGCAGCUACAUAACUCAAGCCUCCAUCACCGCCUUGAUGGUCAGCAUCAAGGCCAAGAUACCACAGCAGUAAACACAGAUAAAGCUGGCCUGAAUGAUAACCAGAGAUCAGAGCUCAAUGUGUCAGGUUCUUCCAGUGAUCCAUCAGCAGAGAUUACAACGGAUGAUGGCAGUGCCUCCACUCCUGUGCAUGCUGCACGUCAUCCAAACACAGGCUUUCAUCUGGAACUUCUUUCACAGACUAUUCAGCUGGAGUUACAACGAACUCAGUCAUCAUCUACAAAUUAUUUACAAUAAAAUACCUGUACUGCAUUAUUAAAUUUUAUAGAGAUGAGAAAUACUGUAUUACAAUAAUUUUUACAAAAAACUAAUUUUAUUUAA